AUGGGGCUGCUCGCUGAAUCACGAACGCGCCGGCGAAUCCAAAACGACCCCAACAACACAAAAUGGACCCGCGACACCACGACGUUUGGCCAGAAGAUGCUGAGGUCGCAAGGCUGGGAGCCCGGCCAGUUCCUCGGAGCCAAAGACGCGGCGCACUCCGAGUUCCACACCGCUGCCAAUGCGUCGUACAUUCGGGUAUCGCUCAAGGAUGACAUGAAGGGCCUCGGGUUCACCAAGUCGAAGGAGGACGAAGUCACUGGCCUCGACGUCUUCUCAGAUCUGCUGAGUCGCCUCAACGGAAAGUCCGAGGCGGAAGUGGAAGAGAAGAGACAGGCCAGGCUGGAGGUCAAGAUGCAUCAAUACGUAGAGAACAAAUGGGGGCCCAUGCGAUUCGUGCGCGGAGGCUUGCUGGUCGGCGAUGCGAUGCAGGAGACUGACGAGUCGAAAGACAGCUCCGAAGAAUCAGACAGCUCUUCGGCGGAGGACGAAAAGAUACCCACGGUUGCUGAAGAAACGAAGAAGGAAAAGUCCAAGAAGAGAAAGGCUGCAGCUCUAAAGGAUGAGGAUGAUAUGUCAGAGGAUGACGAAGAAGACGAGAAGAAGAAGAAAAAGCAGCGAAAGGAGGAGCGAAGGGCUAAGAAGUUGGCCAAGGCUGAAUCAAGCCAGUCCAGCGAUUCAGAAAAGGCCAAGAAGAAGGACAAGAAGAAGGACAAGAAAGAAAAGAAGAACGGUUCCGAAAAGACAAAGCGCUCCAAGAAGGACAAGAAAGAGAAGAAGGACAAGAAGGACAAGAAGGAGAAGAAAGAGAAGAAAAGCAAGGAUAAGAAGAAGCGAAAGAACGACGACGUCGGCUCUGACACGGAGAUGCCCGACGCUGCCCCUCAGGCUUCAUCUUCCGCAGUCUCACGUUCCGGAACGGCCACUCCAGUCACCACAGGCACAUCGACACCAACCACAAGAGGCAACUUCAUCACGCCCAGAUCCCGGUUUAUCGCGCAGAAGAAGGCUGCGUUUAUGGAUGCGUCAGCAUUGAAACAGAUUUUUAUGGUGAAAGCGUAA